AUGGAGACGAACGGGCCGUGGCCGGAAUUGGACGCCGUGUACCUCAAAGUUCAGUCCCAACUUAUCCUUAGACUUAUUGGAGCACUUGAGACCGAUGGACGCAAGGUCAAGCCGGUGCUCAUUCACGGCGACAUGUGGGACAGAAACAUAGGUACUGAAGCUAGAAUGAGCAAUCCUUGGAUCUUUGACUGCGCUGCGUAUUACGGUCAUGACGAAAUGGACCCGGGCAUCUGGCGCGCGGAAAGGCACCAGUUGCGCUCAAAGGUCUACAGGCGAGAGUACCUGCGAAACAUGGAGCCCAGUGAGCCCGAGGAAGAAUGGGACGAUAGAAAUCGCCUGUACAGCGCCAAAUUGAACUUCAUGCACUCGGCAUGUAUCGCAGGGUCACCUGCCCGACAGCAGUAUGUACAUUGCCCUGCCUUCUUGUUAUGGACAGUGUUUGCUAACGUGCCGGGGGCUUUCGAUGAUUUUGUUUUUCUGCUUCGGAAGUAUUGCCCCGACAUUUCUGAUGCUCCGGAAAGGAAUAACCUUCAGCAAGGUGAAUAG